AUGCCCAACAGCUCCACCUCAUCCUUCUCUUGGAGUUUCAGAUCCUUACAACUGCUGCUUUCUGAAGAAGACACCCUAGGAACCAAGAUCUCUUUGUCUCUCCUCUACUUGCUCUUGGCCAUCUCUGGGACUUUUUCCAAUGUCAUAGUCAUUUAUCUGGUCUUCACCUUCCGGAAGCUACGCACCACCAGUAAUGCUUUCAUUGCGAAUGGCUGUGUGGCUGACCUGAGUGUGUGUGGCCUUUGGAUGCCACAGGAAGCGGUGCAGGGGCUGCUGCCUUCUGGUUCCUCUAUGGCUCAUUCAGAAAGCUAUCGCUUGCUCCGGGUUGGGCUUGUAGGCCUUGGACUCAUUGCCUCCCUACUUUCCCACCUCUUGGUGGCCCUAAACCGGUAUGUCCUCAUCACCAAACCACCCAUCACAUACCAGGCUGUUUACCAGCGGAAGCACACGGCCUGGAUGAUUGGCUUGUCCUGGGGGUUGGCCCUCCUCCUCGCCUUGGUUCCCCCAUGGCUGCAAAGCUGGCAACCUGGCCAGUGGGAGCCCAGAAAUGCCACCACCAGCAAGAGCUCUAACUACACCAGCCUGCUGGUAGCCCUGGCAGUUCUCAGCCAGACUGCACUGCUGCUUCGCUGCUACAUGGGCAUUGUGAGGAGAGUGCGGGUCAGCGUCAAGCGGGUCAGCGUGCUCAACUUCCACCUGCUGCAGCAGCUGCCCUUCCCAGCCGCCCCGCAAGCUCCACGCCGGGUGCAGCGACGCUUGAGCAGCAUCUCCGUGUUGCUCCUCUGCCUCACGUUCCUCCUGGCCACACAGCCCCUGGUGUGGGUAAGCCUGUUGGGCUGCUUCUUCCGGCCCGUGCCACGCGGGCUGCAGCUGGCCAGCUGGCUCCUCUUCUGCUCCCUCUCCGCCUUCAACCCGCUGCUUUACACCUGGAAGAACGAGGAGUUCCGGCGCUGCGUGCGUUUGGUACUGCCUGGAGGGGAACCAUCAGCUGCCGCAGUGGCUGCCAACACAGCCCUCCCCACAGUGUCUCUUCCCCCUCAGGAGCCAUCCCAGCUGAGGACCAAGGUAGAAAGUAUGGGGAGCUUAGUACUUCAGUGA